GCAUUUCAAGACUCAAAUAUGAAACAAUUCCUGCUGAUAGCACUGGUCGGCGCUCUGGCCCUGGCACUGGUCCAUAGUCAUCCGUUGGAAGAGCAGCGCCUUACACUGGAGGACGCCGAUGCCCAGCCCGUGAACGAUGAGGGAGCCGGCAUUCGAGCGGCCCGUCACUUUGGCGGCGGCUUUGGCGGAUUCGGGGGCAGAGGAGGUGGCGGUUUCUGUUGCGGCGGAGGAGGCGGUGGAUAUCGCAGAGGCGGCUUUGGCGGCGGUGGCUUUGGAGGUGGUUAUCCAGGUGGUGGCUUUGGAGGUGGCUAUCCAGGUGGUGGCUUUGGAGGUGGUUAUCCAGGUGGCUAUGGAGGUGGCUACCCAGGCGGCGGUGGUGGUUAUGGCAGUGCAUCUGCCUCGGCUUCAGCCUCUGCAUCCAGCUCCGGAGGAUACUAUGGCAAGUAAUGGCCAAAUGAUCUGAACUGUGCUAAAAAUAGAUUAAAGUCGAAAUUAAACCAA